AUGUCAUCGUCGCAGACCAUGACAGCGCCAGCGGUGGGCCAUCAUCCUUCAGAGGCUGGUCCGGGCAUGUCGUCUCUAUACGACUACACCCGACCGCAGCACUCACCAGAGAACAACCAUCACCUUCCGUCCCCGCAAUCGGCAACCCGCAACGAUUCUGCCCCCGAACACUCCUCCUCGUCUUCCAAUGGCAUACCCGCUCUCUCCGACAUGGUGGCAGUCAAGUCCGAGGGCGAUGAUCAGGCUUCUCGUGCCUUUUCGGACGGCCAGGACUUCCAGUCCGAUUUCCGCCGCCAGUCCGCCGCCAGCGCUUUGCUGGCUCAGUUGCUUGGCGGCCAACAGGCGCCUACUACAGACACAGAUCAUAUGAUGGAAGGCUCGGGGAUAUCAAAUCAGCAGGAUAGCGAUCAGAAGCAGCAGUUGGGCGAUGAUUCGAAUGGGCAUUGGGAAACACAACCAGGGGAGGAUGUUCCGCCGGCGGGAGCGGAGCCAAUCGACGGAGAUCAAAGUCAGCCGGCGGAAUCCCAACAUCAAGCAGAAGACAUGACAUUUCAUCAGUCAGGGCUGCCUUUUACAUCCACUGGACAAAAUGAUAGCAUUGUGGCCCCAACUGACCCCAUUGACAGCCUAACCGACCCUUUGCUAUUCGCGAAACCGACUUUGGACCAUGCCGACCUUUUUCCUCCAAUAGACUUCACGGCUCCGGAGACACCAUUAGAGGCAUUUCAACAGAAUGAUAUGCUAAAUGCUGCCUAUUUCCCCCAGAACGCGGACUUGUCGGCCUUGGGUUACACCGAAGGAGGGUUACAUGAUGGAAGUGGUUCAGUGGCAGGAUCCGAGCCGCGGAUUCAAGCUUUCGCCAAACUUGAAUUCGAUGACGGCCAUUUUUACUGCAACACAUAUUCUUUUAUCCUAGGGCGAGAUGUACGGGCGGCGCGGGCGGCGCAUCAACGAGAGUUCCAGGCCCGACAAGUCAUGAGACAUACCCGAGCAAAAAGUUCGAGCGGUGGGAACGCAUCACAUACACCUAUUCGGGUAAAACAUGAAGGAAGUGGGAUUAUGGGUAGUGUUGUUAGCGACCGGGGUGGAAUUAUGGGUUUUGACCCUGAUGUUCCUCCGCAUAUGCAGUCGCAUAUCAGUAGACGCUCGUCAAUAGCCUCCGAGGGCGACGCUGGCGGUCUCUUGCAUGCAACUCCCGCCCAGCUCCAAGCUACUACCGACUACAAUGCACUUGCCAUGCAAUCAUUACAGGAGAAUAACGGCAACGGAGACGCUAAACCCGUCGACGCCUUGGCGCUUCUUCCUUCCCCGGACUCAUGCCCGACCAUCCCGAUUCACCCCCCUGCAACGAACGAUGGCAGUGUCGCCGGGCACCGUGGGAUUUCACGAAAGCACGUCAAGAUUGCAUACAACUUUGACAAGAAUUUGUUUGAGAUGGAGGUCCUGGGGAGGAACGGCGCCUUCAUUGGUGCAGACUGGCUCUCCCCGAGCCAAAUUCGACCGCUACAUAGUGGUGAUUAUAUCCAAAUUGGAGGGGUUCGUAUUCGGUUCUUGCUCCCAGACGUUCCAAUUGGCGAGACCGGAGCCGAUAUCGAGGAGGAGCAGUUUGCUCCAGAAGCUCAGGAGAAUCUCGAGGCCCCGGUCACAGUUGAUAAUGAAGAAGCGCUUGAGAAGAAGGACGACUCGAAACCGACGAAGAUUGUGCUGAAAACAAAGGUUGAGGAUUCUGCUCGGGCAGCGCCGUCUAUCGAGGGAGAUGGUCAGCAACCACAACGCCGCCGUGGCCCUGGUCGGCCACCCAAAGAUGGGAUUAUGUCAAAACGUGAAAGAGCCGAGCUGGCACGGGAGCAGAAACUGGCCGCCAGGCGAGAGGCAAAUGGUGGUGUUACACCACCUCCGCAGAGCAAACCUAAAGCGGGAAAGACGACGGUUACUCCUGGAGGCAUUGCGCCCAGUUUACCGGCUGAGGGCGAGUCGCCGAAUUCGAAACCCGAGAAACGGAAGUACACAAAGAGGAAGAAGGACGGCACGAUGGAUUUUCCUCUCCCAUCGACAGAAGGUGGGCAGUUUCCCAUGGAACAUCAGCCGCAAGAAUACGUCAAGCCUCCACCUGUCAAGAAGCGCAAGCCAUCUCGUUCACCCUCUCCCAACUAUCCUCCAGAGUCUGCGUACACACCUGAAGAUCUGGCCAAGCCGCCGUAUAACUAUGCAGUUCUUAUUUUUGAUGCUCUCACCGAGGCUACCACGCCGAUGACGUUAAAGCAGAUCUAUCGGGCCUUGAAGCUCAAGUAUCCCUAUUUCCGCUUCAAGUGUGAAACCGAGGGCUGGACAUCCAGUGUACGGCACAAUCUCAACGGCAACGGCCACCUUUUCAUGCAUGCAGAGCGAGACGGUAAAGGAUGGUCAUGGCAGCUACGGCCAGGAGCGUCCGUUGAAAAGGAAAAGAAAAGACGUCCGUCACCACCGCCUCCUCCGCCUCCUCAGCCUGCACAGGCUCCUCCAUCUUCUGUCACCCCUCAAUACAUGCCCCCACCGACCAACUCGUACCAAAGUCAACCGAACAAUCAAACUGGAAUGGCCAACCCGCAAUUCCAAAACUUCUCGUCCAUGCCAUCGAAUCCAUUCCCAUCCUCAACAGCUCCAACUCCUCCCGCUCCUACCCCCGCUCCGCAACACUCAACUCCAUAUCCUCCUCCCGCACCACCUGCAGCAUCCUCACCCUUUCCGAUACCUAGUCCGAUCAGAAACAAUCUCCCUGCCGCGUUUGCGCAAACCACACCUACCACAUACACCUCACCAUACGCCUCCGAUCCUCCACCGCAGCUUCUCCAGUAUCAACAGUCUCAGCAAGCACAACCACAAACACAGCACAUGCAGCCGCCUCCUCCACCGCAACACUCUACCCCGUAUCCACCUCGGAAUACACAGCCUCUUCCGCCAAACAACAACCCACCCCAAAACUACAAUCCAAACCCGGGUCCUCCACAGCAUCAGCCUCAGCACCAGCAUCACCAGCAUAACCAACAGCAGCAGCAACCGUACAAUAUGGGUGGGCAGAAUACUGGCCCCGUACCAAUGGACACGUCUUCCGACGAGGCUUCCUUCAACGAGCGCGCUAACAAAGCGAUUGAUGACUUUGAGGCCGUUUUGCUGGAAGAUUACGAAGACAAAGACUAUAUCAAGGGUGUUCUCAAGAGUGCACGGGCUCGGGCCCUGGGAGAGGCAACAGAGAGUUCGUUCCCCGGCGGCGAGCCACCAGACGAGACUGUUCUUCUUGAUGCGCUGAAGAAUAUGAUCAAGGGGCUAAGGGGGGAGUGA